AUGCCGCGAAAACCGGACGAAAAGCAGGAAUCCGUCUCGAAUUGUAAGUUCACCUCAACCCCAAUACAGUACUGUUUAGUAAAGGCACGAUUCACAGAAGCCAGCGACUUCAACCUCGCCAACCAGCUACAGGAAGCCGAGUACAAAGAGUUUUACGAGAACAACCGCAACUCUCGCCGACUAUCGUCUCAGGACCACAAAAUGUCACAAGAAGAGCACAAGAAGGUGCUGGACGAGUACCUGAACAGUUUGAGUGAGAUCGAACGAAAAGAUGCCGAAUUUGCACUACAAUUACAAGAAGAACUGGAGAAUGAAGAGAGGCUAGCCCGAGAGAAUCAGGCCAAAGAGGACGAGGAGUUAGCCAGACGGCUGGCACAAGAGGACCGUGUGGGAUCGUCGGGCUUGGCAUUACCUACAAAUCGAGUCGGACCUUCUGAUGAAACGAUUCGAAACAAUGAUGGGAUACCUGCGAAUGAGGCGGUAAGUAUGUUAUGGUUGGUUGGAAAAUUACAUUUUUUAUAUCACAGAGGAUUCGAAAAUGCCUUUUUUUAUAAUAUAGUAAAAUUGAAAUUAAAUUUUUUCUAUUAGGUUGUUCAUUUAAUUAUGCGCCCUCUUAUCCCACAAAUUUGUUUUGAGAGAGGGCGCAGAAUUAAGUGAACAACCUAAUAUUAGGUUGUUCAUUUAAUUCUGCGCCUCCGAGUUCCAAAAAUUUGCGUUAGAGGCACAGAACUAUUUGAACAAGUGGGAAAUUCAAUAGGUUUUAGGUAAGUUGACGUUUGGAAGACUGUAGUAGGGUAAAUUAAAGUCGGGCUAACUAUUAUGAGACAGAGCACGAUAAAUUGGAAAAGGGUAGAGUACAAUAAUUUAAAGUAAACUACGAUAGUGUAGCUAAAGUUACAGCUUACAAGGAAGAUGCUCAAUCUUCCCCGCUCUAGAUGAAGCUACAGAUUUUUUCUAGGGUGUAUACCUAUAGUAUAGCUAUAGUAGUUGCUCUUACUUUACAAAUUACUGUAAAGUUUGUAAAAACAAACAAAUUACAGCCAAAACCUUGUAAAGAAAGUUCUUGCAAAAUCCGAAAAAUCAAACAAAAUGACAUUUUAUAUCCAUUAGAAACAAAAUCAUUGCCAAAAUUUUAGGACUUGAUUGAUUUUGGGCAAUCAGAAUGA